UUUUGAGGAAAUCACAGGUGGAUUUGACCAGCUGCCCAACAGCUUCUAUCAGGAAAUGUCCAGGACAAUCCGUUUAAACAGCAGAGUAGAAAAGGUCAUUCGCUCAGGCGAGAAAGUGAGGGUGUUUUUCCACAAGGAGGACGAAGAUGACUCAUCAUUCCUGAUUGCUGACUAUGUCCUUGUCACAGCCACGGCAAAAGCCACACGACUCAUCCAAUUCCAGCCCCCUCUUUCCCAUUUAAAGGCUCAUGCUCUGCGUUCACUCCAUUAUACAAGUGCUACUAAAAUUGCCUUGGCUUGCACAGACAGAUUUUGGGAGAGGGAAGGAAUCCGAGGUGGAAAGUCCAUCACAGAUCACCCAACACGAAUAGUCUACUAUCCAAAUCAUGACUUCCCCAGUGGCCUUGGGGUGCUCCUUGUCUCAUAUACACUGAAUGAUGAUGCUGACUUCUUUGUUCCUCUUAGUGACGAAGAGUGUCUUGAUGUAGUUAUGGAUGAUCUUUCAGAAAUUCACAACAUCUCCAAGAAUUAUCUUGUAAAUGUAUGCAACAGGCAUGUGAUUCAGAAAUGGGCCCUGGACAAGUUUUCCAUGGGGGCCUUUGCUUUUCCCACUCCAUACCAGUUUAGCCUUUUUUCCAAGGCUUUGUUUCAGAAUGAAGGGAGAGUCUACUUUGCAGGAGAACACACAACCUACCCUUAUGGUUGGAUUGACAGUGCUAUGGCAUCUGCUAUAAAAGCUGCAAGUAACAUUCAUCAUACCGCUAAUAAAUCUGUAUUGUAG